AUGGCGGCAUUACAGUACAUGUAUUGGGAGAAGGUGCAACCUCCUGGUGCACCAGCCUUUAACCCACUGGUAUGUAUGUACCCAUUGAUGAAGAACUGGACCGAAGUAGAAGGGAAGAAGAGAGACGCCUCCGACGCGCAAUAUGGCCGUGGGAAGGGAAAUAUUGACAAUGAUAUUACUGCGGAGCAUAGACUCUCAAAAAUAAACAUAGGAAAUAGUGUUGGGAGAAAAACAUCCAUUUCAAGGAAGGCCACAAAAGCUCCUGCGAAAAACCCCCCUUACAUGGAGCAACUUUUGGAAAGGGUUAAUCGCAUGUCUGGGGAGCUUACUCUUGUCCGUAAGCAGAUUGCAACUAUAGCAGAUUCAUGCGCAGAGAGAGUUAUUGCAAAGUUAAAUCAGGAGGGGAUCAUUUAUAGACGUGAGAACAAAGGCACGUCUGAAGGGGACAAGGAAAGCGAGAGCAGCCAUAAGGGAGUUUAUCCAUCAAAGUACUUCACAUCAGUUCAGAAGGACAAGGAUGUUGACGACGAUGUUGUUAACGAGGACGAGCUAGACAAUGCAAAUGGCAGCACACUUGCACCACCUGUUGCACGCAAAUUAAUGGUCGAUGAUCAUCAACCAUCUGUACUGUUUAAUUGCAGCAAGGGUGACAAAAAAAAUCCUAUCGAAAUUACAAAUGAUGUUCCCGCUCGAUCGUCAUCCUCAUUAUCGUCUGGAGCAUUUGUAUCUGCAAAGCCAAAUGAACCUCACAAGCGGAAGCGCAUGCCAUCCGCAAAGGUCCGGUCCCCUUACUUGUCUGAAAAAAUGGCAAACAAGCGUCAAAUCCGAGAUGAGAAAAAUUCUGAGGGUAACUUCCAUUCACUAGAUGCACUACUUCAGGUUAAUGAUUUGACUGAAGAUCACGUCGAAGCUGCCGUGUCACUUGUAAAAGAACUAUCAAAGUGCUCCCGACGCCGCGACAAAAAAGUUUACUCUUGUGAAGGACUCGUGCUGACUGCCCACCAUGUUGCAUCUAUUAUAACCCAUGACUGGUUGAUGGGCGAUGUCAUCAAUGCUUAUGUGCGACACUUGUCUCGUCGUGUUCCAGAUGAUCGUGUCCUGUCCACCACAUGGAGGUCGACGCAUCUCAUAGAAGGGAAGAUGAGGGGUAGAGAUUAUUUUCCACCCGGCCACCCCCAGAUCGAAAUAGAGAAGGAUCGAGCCAUUCACAGAUGCAUGGACGAGUAUUUCCAUAAACCGAAGUACUAUCUCGCAGUAAACGUUAAUGGCAAUCAUUGGGUCACCGUCGUGAUGCAUGUACCCAAGAAGGAAUUUCAAACACUCGUUGACUCUACCAGAGAAGUUAUGGUCGGUGAAAUAAUUUUUUCACCUAGUAACGAGCUGGAUAGGAUCAAAGAUAAACUACUCAACCCCAAUGGCGAGGAAGAUGAUGCUUAG